AUGUCAGCACUCCUUGGUGAUAUGGAGCCCGCGGAGGCAGAAUCCGUCUAUUUCAAUGAAUACCCACCACCGAAGGCCCUCCCCAAACACGAAGCACUGGCCCGAGCCUUCAUCGACCUCCAUGUUGCAGACAAUCGUCGCGUCGUCCUCGUCACCUCCGGUGGCACAACAGUACCUCUCGAGGCACAAACCGUACGCUUCAUCGACAACUUCUCCGCCGGAACCCGUGGCGCUACAUCUGCGGAGUACUUCCUGCAGGAGGGGUAUGCAGUGAUCUUCUUACAUCGGCAGUACAGUCUGCUACCAUACUCGCGACACUACAGCCACUCUACAAACUGUUUCCUAGACUUCAUGGACGAAGCAGCUCCGGCUGCUGAUUCGCCGAAUGCGCAUGGGUCAAUUCAGGUCCGCAGCGAAUAUCAAGAUGAGAUGCGUGACGUCUUGCGCAAGUACCGCUACGCUAAGCAAAACAACCGUUUGCUUUUGUUACCGUUCACCACCGUCGCAGAAUACAUGUUCGAAUUGCGCUCUCUUGCUAAAUUGAUGCGACCGCUUGGUCCCAAUGCUUUGUUUUAUCUUGCUGCGGCUGUUAGCGAUUUCUUUAUUCCGCGCCAUCGGAUGGCUGAGCAUAAGAUCCAGUCGUCGGAGAUACCUGCAAAUCUGGAAAAUAAUAAUGCACUCGACUCUGAGGAGAUUUACACGGGCGAGAACGAGACUCAGCCGCCGAAGAACUCGAAGAAGCUUGUCGUGAACCUCGAUCCGGUCCCGAAGUUCCUGCACCGCCUUGUUGAUGGCUGGGCACCCGAGGGAAGUAUGGUUGUUUCUUUCAAGCUGGAGACAGACCCCUCGCUGUUGGUUUAUAAGGCGCGGACGGCGCUGCAGCGUUAUUCCCACCACCUGGUUAUUGGUAACCUCCUCUCCACGCGCAAAUGGGAGGUUGUGUUUAUUACUCCGGAUCCGCCUCAUGAGCGAUGGUUGCGUGUGCCCAAGGCUCGACGCAGUAAGAGUAUCUCUGGUAUGGAGGAUCAGGUUGGGCUUGCGGAGAUCAUGAAGGGUAAGGGUGAGGAACAUCCAUCACAGAUGGAGGAGAACCCGCCACCUGGUCAGCUGGAUCAUGAUGGUAUUGAGAUUGAGAGCCUGAUUAUCCCUGAAUUGGUUAAGUUGCAUGAGAAGAUGAUUCAAAAGAACACCCCUGGUCAACAAUGA